AGAGUUUGUGAGUGUGAUAAAUGAGAGGCGUGAACAUGGCGGCGUCACUUUGCUUCCUUAAAGAACCACCCUUCUUACUCCUCCUCUCCCUCUUCUUUACUCUCUCUCUACUCUCUCUCCUCAUUCUUGUUUCAUCUCUUUUUUACUUUCAUAAUUACACCACUAAAACAACUAGAAAAGACCGUGUUUUUAUCGAUAAUGAUACUAAUAGUGUUGCUGAUGAUGAUGUGGGGAGACCCAAAUGGGCUAGUUUGAUUGAUGGGGAUGACCCGGGUGCAAAUGGGUCGGGUCUGGAUGAUGAGGUUGUGGGGUCUGAGUGUGGGAAGAAAAAGAAGAAGAGGGUCAAGAAGAAGAAGGGGGAUGCUAAGGUGGAAGAUGAAGGGGAGAAUGUGAACAAGAAACAAGUGGUUUGUCUUUAUCCUUUUACGACGUCGUCUAGUGCAACUCAGAGGAGGAUUAAACAACAUUAUGAUCAGCUUGUUAAGGCUCAUGAAUCAAAGUGUUUAACUCUUGCUCAGGUUGGCCACUUUGUGAACAUCUUAACUGAAGCAAGGAAUGAGCUACAACACAAAUCUGUUGCCAUGAAACGCAAGUACACAAUAACAAAGGCUCUUUUAUCUAAGGCAGACAGGUCUUCAUUUGAUCGUCUUCGUCGACAGAUAUACAAGCUAGAAAUAGAACAAAAGAGAUUGGAGGAGGAUGUAUCUGUAUAUAACUGGCUCCAACAACAGCUUAAACUCUCACCAGCAUUCAAGAAGAUGCUCGAGAUUGGAGCCUGCAUGGAGUUGAAAGCCAAAAGUUCUGAGCUGGAGGACAGUGCAGAUACUAGAUUUACAGACAUCUCUUUUGAAGAGCUAUUAGCAAAGGAAAAGAAAGACUCUUUUUGGCAGAAGAAAGGGAGGCCAAAAUCAUGCACAGGCAAAUGAUGAGAUUACUUGGCUUACUGAACUUACAGGCUAUAAUUUUAUAACUAAUAGCAAACUUAUGCAACAGACACCAAAAAGAUUAGUGGACUUGGCAGGACUCUUCCUCGGAGUCUCUUCUUCAAGUGGAAGUGAUUGUUAACCCUUUUUUUGUUUAGGGGAGGGGUGUUGUCUGAAUUUCGGUUUUGCUGGAGAAAGCUACUGUACAUGUCUUUGACAAUUUAUGCAUAUAAUGAAAUACAAUCUUUACCUUUUC